UGAAGGCUGGCUUAGUUGCCAAGCCAACCAUUUUGUGCAAAAAAGGCUUCUUCCUUUUCUUUUUCUUUUUGGUUUUUCCCCUCUCUUUUUUGCCUUGUCCCAAUACAGCUCGUCUCUCUCCUCUGCUUAUACCAACCAUCACCGGCUGCCCUAAAUUAACCCUCGCCUUAACAAAGGUUACUUGAUUCAAAUUGUGUUAGUGCUGCUACACCAGAUUGGAUACUUAUAUUCCUGAUUUCCGUAAUGGCUUCGAGAAUCCUUGCAAACUUGAUUGUUAUGGGUUCUGGAAUAAUGGUAAGGGCUUUUGCCCAGGCAUAUCGCCAAGCUAUUGCAAACGCGUCAAAAAAUGGUGUUGCGCAAGAAGCAGUACAGAACAUUAAAAGAGCAAGCAAAAAUAUGACCGAGUCGGAGGCUAGGCAAAUUCUUGGGGUUGCAGAGCAUUCAUCAUGGGAAGAAGUGUUGCAGAAAUAUGAUAACUUGUUUGAAAGUAAUGCUAAAAAUGGAAGUUUUUAUCUUCAAUCAAAAGUUCAUAGAGCGAAGGAAUGUUUAGAAUCACUUCACCAAAGUAAAGCAGAGGGCCCAAAUUAGUUCUUUGGAGUUCCCCCAGCAUUGCUGCCAGACAUUCAUUCUGGGUUCAUUUUAGGAGUAUUUGAGCAGAAGAGAAUUGCGGCUGAGCACCAGAUGUUUCCUGCAAUGUUACAUAUGUAUUCGAUCCUUAGUUUUGGUAAUUAUGGCCCGUGGGAGAGAAGCAUUUUAAUUUAUCAUUGGUGUAGUUAGCAUGACUCUGAUUUUGCUUAGAAGCGCGCUUCAUGCGUUUGGUUCCCGCAGUUUGACGGAAGAGUAGCGUGAAGUCAAAAAUUUGGAAUGCAAAUUGCAAUCUCCAUGUCUUACGAAAUGAAAUAAAUUUGUGUGUAAUUCGGCUGUGCUGUAUAAUUUUCUUCAGGCUGGGAAGUGGGAACUCCUCCACAGGCAUAACUUCAAUGCUCCCUCGUUACAUUUUGUUUGUCAUUCUUUACUUGAUUCGAAGUUUAAUAAAGAAAGGAAGCUUUUUAAAACUA